UUGGCUUGCUGAGAAAAUCAAAAUUGAACACUGAAACCCAAAUCAAAACAAACCCUUAAGAGCCGAAUAAGCCGCGCCGCUAAGCUCCGCCGAGCCGCCUCCAUGGACGACGUCGUUUCCCCCACAAACGGCCAAGACCACCCCCUCCUCCGUCGCCGGAGCUCCGUCCCCGCCGCGCCGCCGAAGCUAAUCCUCCUCCCCCACCGCAGCUCCUCCUCCACCACCACCACCGGAACCUUCUCCUCCUCCUCCGACGAUCUCGAGCUCCUCGUCAUCAAGCCGGCGUCCUACAGCUACACCUCCCUGAAAGACCUCCUGCCGGCGGCCGCCGUGAACUCGCCGAAGCCGAGCCAGGUCCUCCAAUCGGACUCCGACAUCUGUAUCCGUAACCGGCUCGUGAAGCAGGCUGCUUGGGCGUACCUCCAGCCGAUGUCCUCGUCGCCCGGCGCCGCCGGAGACGGCUUCUGCCAACGCGUCGCCGCCUUCUUUGACCUCCUCCGCCGUAGCGUCAUUCGGAUCCUCAAUUGGACGCUCCAGAUUUUUCCGGGCCUCAGAUAGCACCACCAGAGCCGUUCGAUUCAAUUCGUGUAAGUGUGUGCGUGUGUCGCUUAAGAUUACGUUUGAUGCAAAUUAAAAUCAAAAUGAAAAAAUAAUUUACAUAAAUAAAAACUUAAAAAAGCUUUAUUAUUA